AUGAGGGUCCAACGGGCGGCGGUGGCUGCCAUCAGCGACAGCCGCAUCUUCGGCUCCAGAUGUGGCGCUCGAUACCUUCACUUGCUACCUAGAGCUUCAGGGACCCGGUCUCCUGCGCAGAUGAUCGUGGCUCCGCUGCGCGUUGAUGGAAGGAGAUACUUCAGCCUCACAAAGCCGAGAUUCGCGGCUGCGAGUGGUGCUGCCGGUGCUGCGCUGAAGAAGGCCGCCGAGGAGGCCCAAAACCUUACCCCCGAAGCUGUCUUCGCCAAGAUGAGCCCGGAAGAGAAGAAGCGACUGUCGAGAGUGCGAAACAUUGGUAUUGCCGCACAUAUUGACAGCGGCAAAACGACUGUGACCGAGCGAGUACUCUUCUACACUGGUCGAAUUAAGGCUAUACACGAGGUGCGAGGAAAGGAUGGCGCCGGCGCGAAGAUGGACUCCAUGGAUCUCGAGCGAGAGAAGGGAAUCACCAUCCAGUCUGCCGCCACCUUUUGUGACUGGAAGAAGGUGGAGAACGGCCAGGAGGAGACAUAUCACGUCAAUUUGAUCGAUACCCCCGGACACAUUGAUUUCACCAUCGAGGUCGAGCGCGCACUCCGGGUUCUCGAUGGCGCGGUCAUGAUUCUGUGCGCCGUCAGUGGUGUCCAGUCGCAGACGAUCACGGUGGACAGACAGAUGAAGCGUUACAACAUUCCACGGAUCAGCUUCGUGAACAAGAUGGACCGGAUGGGUGCCAACCCGUGGAAGGCCGUUGAGCAGAUCAAUUCCAAGCUUAAGUUCCCGGCUGCUGCUAUCCAAGUACCCAUAGGAUUGGAAGACCAAUUUAAGGGCGUCGUCGAUCUAAUACACAUGCGCUCCAUCUACAGCGAAGGGCCUAAGGGAACGAUACUCCGAAUCGAGGAUACGAUACCUGCUGAUAUCAAGGAUUUUGCGGAGGAAAAACGGCAGGUCUUGAUUGAGAAGCUGGCAGAUGUAGACGACGAGAUUGCCGAGAUCUUCCUAGACGAGCGCACACCAACCCCAGAGCAGAUGAUGGCCGCCAUUCGGAGGGCGACAAUUGCUCUCAAGUUCACCCCUGUCAUGAUGGGCUCCGCAUUGGCUGACAAGUCCGUCCAGCCGAUGCUCGACGCUGUCUGUGACUACCUGCCUAUGCCUGCGGACGUGGAGAACGUAGCGCUGGAUAAGACUAGGGACGAGGCAGUGACGAAGCUGGUCCCUUACAACUCGCUACCUUUCGUUGGACUGGCCUUCAAGCUCGAAGAAAACAACUAUGGUCAGCUCACCUAUAUCCGGGUCUACCAGGGUACCCUCCGGAAAGGAACCUACCUGUUCAACUCCCGGAACGACAAGAAGGUCCGAAUCCCGCGUAUAGUACGCAUGCACUCCAACGAGAUGGAGGACGUGAACGAGGUCGGUGCUGGUGAGAUUUGCGCCGUCUUUGGCGUGGAUUGCGCCUCUGGCGACACUUUCACUGAUGGUAACCUGCCGUACACUAUGUCGUCUAUGUUCGUGCCCGAUGCGGUCAUGUCUCUUUCGAUCAAGCCCAAGCGAAGCACCGACGCCGAUAACUUCAGUAAAGCGAUGAACCGAUUCCAGCGUGAGGACCCUACCUUCCGGUUGUACGUCGACGACGAGAGUGAGGAGACUAUUAUCUCGGGUAUGGGCGAGUUACACUUGGAGAUCUACAUCGAGCGGCUGCGCCGAGAAUACAAGGUCGAGUGCUCUACUGGUCAGCCUCGUGUCGCCUACCGUGAAACUAUUGCACAGAAGGCCGAGUUCGACUACCUCCUGCGACGACAGACUGGUGGACCGGGAGACUUCGCUCGUGUAGGCGGCUGGAUCGAGCCCAACCCCGAGCCCGAGAAGAACAGCUUCUCGAACCAGGUCGUCGGUGGCGCCAUCCCCGACAAGUUCAUCUCGGCCUGUGGCAAGGGUUUCGAAAUCGCUUGCGACAAGGGCCCGCUACUAGGCCACAAGGUCAUCGGCGCACGCAUGGUUGUCAACGACGGCGCGACGCACGUGACGGAUUCCUCCGACUUCGCCUUCAGCUUGGCGGCGCAGAUGGCGUUCCGCAAGGUGUUCCACGAGGCCGGCGGGCAGGUGCUCGAGCCGCUCAUGAAGACGACCAUCAUGGCGCCCAACGAGUUCCAGGGCAACAUCCUGAUGCUGAUGAACAAGCGCAACGCGACCAUCAUCGACACCGAGAUCGGCAGCGAGGACUUCACGCUCAUCGCCGACUGCAGUUUGAACGCCAUGUUCGGCUUCAGCACGCAGCUCCGCGCUGCUACGCAAGGCAAGGGCGAGUUCAGCAUGGAGUUUAGCCACUAUGCGCCGGCGCAGCCGCAUUUGCAGAAGGAGCUGGUUGCCAAGUACCAGAAGGAGCUCGAGGAGAAGCGAUCGAAGUAA